AUGAUCCACUUUCGCUCGUCAUCAGGGUCCCAUCCUUUGGACAAUGCAGGGUUCUUCUCUCUUGCCUCAUUUGCCUGGAUGACGCCCAUAAUGUGGAGACUUUCCCAGAACCGUUUGGACCGAGCCUCUCUGUUCCUCUCGCCGCACGACGGAGGCAGCAUCAAUGGAAACCGGAUGGAUCAGUUAUUGCAGGAGGAGGUGUCUCGUGUGGGACUGAAGAAAGCGUCUCUGGGGAGGGUGGUGCUGCGCUUCCAGAGGACCCGCCUCAUCCUCUGUGCCAUUGCUUCCUUCUUCCUGACGGGGGCGCUCUUCUUGGGGCCGGCUGUGUUGAUGCAUGCGAUGUUGAGCUAUGUGAAGACUCCAGGUCAGUUCUCUCUGAGCUAUGGUUUGGCGAUGUCCUUUGCCCUCUUCAGCUCAGAGUUCAGCAGAGCCUUCCUGCUCUCGCUGUGCUGGGCCAUCAACCUGCGCACAGCCACACGCGUCAAAGCAGCCCUCUCCGUGCUGACCUUCAGGAAGGUCAUCGACAUGCGCAUCACCACCAGUGUGUCUGUGGGACAGAUCGUUAACAUGUUGUCGACGGAUAGCUACCGGGUUUUCAAGGCGCUGGUGUACAGCCCCAUUCUGCUCUCUACCCCACUACUGCUGCUGCUUCUCAUCUCUUACUCCUGCUACGUCCUCGGAUACACCGCCCUCAUCGGAGUCUCCGUCUACCUGGCCUUCAUCUCCAUACAGUUUUGUACUGCCAAGGUAAUAAACAUGUUCCGGAGGAAGGUUGUCGUGGUAACGGACAGCCGGGUGCGCACCAUGAACGAAGUUCUUAACUGCAUCAAAUUCAUCAAGAUGUACGCCUGGGAGGACUCCUUUGAGAAGAGGAUCACAGAAAUCCGUAAGAAAGAGAGGAGCCUGCUCCAGAAGGCUGGUUAUGUGCAGAGUGUGAAUGCUGCUAACUCAGCCAUUGUCCCCACCCUGGCCAACAUCCUCACGUUUGUCAUACACACACUCCUCGGACUCCCACUGGACCCCUCCACGGCGUUCACCAUUGUAGCCAUCUUUAGCUCCAUGAGUUUAUCUCUGGGGUCGUUGCCUGACCUUCUCAAAGCUUUGGCGGAAGGCAUCGUGUCACUUACACGACUCAAGAGGCUGCUGUUGCUGCAGAACCCUGAGUCCUACCUGACCCAGAGGAAGGGGCUGGGAGCGGCUCUGGUAAUGGAGAACGCCUCCUUCUCCUGGAAGUCACCUGACAGCUCACCUGAGAGCACAAACAAUGACACACACACCUCAGAGAACAAACCCACCCUCAGAAACAUUAGCUUCACCCUACUGAGGGGAAACCUGCUAGGAGUGUGUGGCAAUGUGGGAAGUGGAAAGACAUCACUCAUAUCCAGCAUCCUAGAACAGAUGUACCUGCUGAAGGGGUCUGUAAUGGCGGAGGGGACAUUUGCCUAUGUUUCCCAGCAGGCCUGGAUCUUUCAUGGAUCCGUGAGAGACAACAUCCUUAUGGGAGAGCCUUUCAACCAGUGCCGGUAUAAUGAAGUCCUCAGUGCAUGCUCCCUCAUGCCUGACUUGGCCAUACUCCCAUACGGGGAUAAGACUGAGAUUGGUGAGCGUGGGCUGAACCUGUCGGGCGGUCAGAAGCAGCGGAUCAGUCUGGCCCGAGCGGUCUACUCUAACCGGGACAUCUACCUGCUGGACGACCCGCUGUCUGCUGUGGAUGCUCACGUGGGCAAGCACAUCUUCGAGGAGUGUGUGAAAAAAGCCCUGACAGGCAAAUCCAUCAUCCUGGUCACACACCAGUUACAGUAUUUGGAGUUCUGUGACGAUGUGCUGCUCCUUGAGAAUGGGGAGAUUAAGGAGACGGACACACACACAUUUCUGAUGAAGGCUCAGGGCCGCUACGCUCAGCUCAUCAACAACUUCCAGCUGAAGCAGACACAUAAGGAAAUUACGAAAAUGCCAACUGUGAUUCCCAAGAUGACUGCAGACAAACAUGAGGCCAACGGAGUCAUCAAUCCCACCUUUGACAUGUCAGAUGAACAAGAGAAAGGAGAAGACACUGGACACACUGCUGAUAAGACAGAUUCGGAGAACCAGCUGGUCAAACAGGAAGUCACUCAGGAAGGAUCAGUGACAUGGCAAACAUAUCACCAGUACUGUAAAGCUGCGGGAGGUUAUGUUCUGUUCUCUUUUAUCAUGCUGAGCUUUGCUUUGCUGGUUUUGACGACAAUCUUCGGCAACUGGUGGCUAGGUUACUGGCUGGAACAAGGAUCUGGGAACUGGACUAACUCCACUGAUGGGGGGGUCUCAGCAGCAGACGUCUCCCUGAACCCUGACCUCCAGUUUUACCAGCUGGUCUAUGGCCUCUCUGUGGUUGCCAUGGUAAUCUUCAGCUUUAUCAAAGGCUACUCCUUCACCAAGGUGAUGCUACGUGCCUCUUCUAGACUCCAUGACACCAUGUUUCAUAAGAUCCUCUUCAGUCCGAUGAGUUUCUUUGACACCACGCCCACGGGCCGCAUAAUGAACCGGUUCUCCAAGGACCAGGACGAGCUGGACUCGGGUCUGCCCUUGAACAUGGAGAACUUCCUGCUGCACUGCCUCAUCAUCACCUUCACCAUCGUCACCAUCGCCGCCGUCUUCCCCCUCAUGCUCGCUGUCCUGGCCGUGCUCGGACUAGUCUUCGCCCUCAUCCUCUAUAUGUUCAAGCAGUCCGUACUUGAGAUGAAGCGCUUGGAGAACGUGAGCCGCUCACCGUGGAUCUCUCUCACUACCUCAGUCAUCCAGGGCCUCAGUACUAUACACGCCUAUGACAAGAGAGAGCAAUACAUCGAGCUAUUUAAAGACAAGAUGGACACCAACUUGACCCACUUCCUGCUAUUCAACUGUGGCAUACGUUGGCUUUCCUUCUGGCUGAACGUCAUUUCUGUAUCUUUUACCCUGAUGGUGGCGCUGUUCGUGGUGCUCAGUCCAGACACCAUCAGCCCUUCUAUGAAGGGCCUGGCUCUCUCCUGCACCAUACAGCUCACAGGGAUGUUGGAGAAUGUUGUGAAGUUCAAUAUGACACUGGAGGCCAAACUCACCUCUGCCGAGCGACUGAUGGAGUACAUCACGGGUUGUGUAUCAGAGGCUCCACGGCAGGUGAAGGGGGUUCACAUUCCAGAAUGCUGGCCCCAGCAAGGUUCCAUCACCUUCAAGGACUACAGCAUGCGUUACCGUGACAACACCCCCGUGGUGCUCAACAACUUGCGCUUCACUAUCUAUCCCAAGGAGAAGCUCGGCAUUGUGGGAAGGACCGGAUCUGGUAAAUCGUCUCUAGGCAUGGCACUGUUCCGCCUGUCUGAGCCAGCAGGGGGCACUGUGAUGAUAGAUGAGGUGGACAACAGUUCCAUUGGCCUGCAGGACCUCAGGAGUCAGCUGUCCGUCAUCCCUCAGGACCCAGUGCUCUUCCGUGGAACAGUCAGGUAUAACCUGGACCCGUUUGAUAAGUACAGCGAUGAGGAGAUCUGGCUGGCGCUGGAGAGGACCUACAUGAAACCCAAGAUUUCCAAGCUGUCUGAGGGUCUGGAGGCCCCAGUAGAGGAAAAUGGAGAGAACUUCUCAGUGGGGGAGAGACAGCUGCUGUGUAUGGCCAGAGCACUGCUGAGAAAGUGCAAAAUCUACUUGCUGGAUGAGGCCACAGCCUCUAUUGACUCAGAGACGGACUCUCUGGUGCAGCAGACCAUCCGGGAGGCCUUCAGAGACUGCACCGUCCUCACCAUAGCCCACCGCAUCAACACCGUCCUGGAAAGUGACCGCGUCCUCGUUAUGGACAAUGGACAGGUGGCAGAGCUGGACCCUCCAGAGGUUCUGAUGCAGCGGCCAGACUCUCUGUUCUCCUCCCUGCUGGCAGCGGCCAACCGGGUCAACGCGUGA